ACCUCAGGCCGACUCUGUUCCGACGUCAAAACUUCACCUCUCACCGGCGCACUUAUAACCCGAUCGCAUCGCUAACACAUUGCACCAAAGCCGCACGUAUCGCGUCGUUUCUCGUCUCCACCGAUAUUGUGGUAUACGCACUGCUUCAGAAGACUGUAACGACGAUCGCUGACCAACAGUACCAUAAAGAUAUCUAUACAUAGACACCUCCGUAACCAUAUAACCAUGGUUGGCACAAGACACUUGGUAUUUUUGGCCGCGUGCGUCCUGUACGCAAGAUCGUCAGCAGCCUCUCCAGUCUAUCAAGAGGACGAUCACUUCGACGGACAUCUCCAUGAACACCAUCACGGACCACCACCUGCCACAUCGUACGCCACCAUAUCGACAACGCACGUCAAAGUGCAACACCCGCCGGCAGCGCCUACUAAGUACGCGACGCCAUAUAAACAGGAGUAUCUGACGCAACCGCAGGUGGCGUACAAGUAUAUAUCACUGCCGUCACCCGUUGCCCUACAGCAAUCCGGUAAAUUCGAAGAGCCUUCCACACCGGGCUACAAGUAUCUGGCUGCGUCGCCCACGUACAAGUACGUUCAACCGCCGGCGGUGACCACCGAACCAGAAGCCGCGGAAGAACCGACCAACUCGUUGAAGUAUGCGCUCAAAUAUGAACAGAAUUCGUUCAAACAAGAACAGGAACAGCAGCAAUUUCAGCAGCAAGAAUAUGAACAGCCGACUAUUCAGUACAAGUACAUAGCCGUGCCUUCGUACAAGUAUGUGCAACAAGUGGCCGCGGAACCAGAAUACGGUCAACACCAUCAGCAACAACAACAGGUUGCCAGUUCUUACGACUACACUGAUGACAAGCAAUAAUGAUUAGUUGUAGUAAAUUAUAAUACCGGUGAUUAUGUUAAGUCCCAAUACCUAGGCAAUAGUGUAGUGAACUUAAAAACUAUCAGAGGCGAUCAUAUUUUUUUAUCCAAUAUCACCACUUAACAUCGCUAAACAUUAUAGCUUUAAUUAUCUACUAAAGUUUGCAAUAAACCGCAUCCGACGAAACACAAUAUGAUGACACUCACUUGAAAUAACUUCUUAGUCGCCUCUCAAAUGUACCUCCUUCGUUACGCUAUUGCCCAAAAUUACCUGCGAUUUACUAUGUCGCUUACCAUUUUAGCCCACCACUUCGAUCUAUACUCUUACAACAUAUAUAUCAUUUAUACAUGUUUCAUUUUUGUGAGUGAUCAUUAAAAAAAAACAAUGUAAUAUUACGUUAGUAUGUAACAUAACGUUUGUGGUUUAAUCACGCAGAGACCAUCUCUGACUAUACAUCUUUCUUUCUGUGUCAUCCGUUAUUAAAUCACACCAAUAAUUAUA